AUGGAGGCACUAAGUCAGUUGUUGUCUCGAGCGGUGCAGGUGGGUUUGUUGGAGGGUUUUUCUGUGGCAGAUAGGGUUGGUAUUUCUCACCUGUUGUAUGCUGAUGAUGCUUUGAUUUUUUGUGGGGCUGAUUCCAAGCAACUAGGGUUUUUGCAGUGUGUUUUGCUAUGUUUCGAGGUGGUAUCAGGUCUGAAGGUCAAUUUGGCAAAGUCAGAGUUGAUUCCAGUUAGGGAAGUGGCCCAUCUUCCGACUUUGGCGGUAAUUUUGGGUUGUAAGGCGUCUCAUUUGCUGGUGUCUUAUUUAGGUUUGCCUUUGGGGGCAUCUUAUAAGGCGAAGGGGGUGUGGGAUGGGGUGUUAGAGAGGGUUCAGUGCCAGCUUGCGAGGUGGAAAAGGCAAUAUUUGUCUAAGGGAGAGAGGCUUACCUUGGUGAAGAGUGUACUGGGUAGUACCCCGACUUAUUUUAUGUCAGUUCAUGUCAUUCCUGUGUCGGUGGCUCGACGAUUGGAGAGGCUGCAACAUGAUUUUUUGUUGGGAAAUGAUGGUGGGGGGUUUCAAUAUCAUCUCGCAAAUUGGAAGCAGUGGUGGCCUCCAAGUAUGGGUUGGGAAGGGGCGAGUGGUGUACUAGGGUGGUGGGAGGCUCUCAUAAGUGUGGCUUAUGGAAGGGGAUUUGGCUGGGGAGGGUUCAAUUCUGGGAACGGGUUCAGUUUCGGUGGUGGCAGGGGAGUGUUCCCUUGGCAUGGUGUGUGGGUUUCUAGUGUUCCAUCGAAGGUGGCUUUCUUUGUGUGGACAGCCGUUUCUGGUCGGAUCUUGACUAUUGAUAAUCUGGUUCGUCGGAAUCAUAUUCUGGUUAAUUGGUGUUGUAUGUGUUGUGCGGAUGUGAAGAUAGUAGGCCAUUUGCUGAUUCAUUGUCUGGUUGUAUCUCGUUUGUGGGUGCUUGUUUUCUCUAUGUUUGGUGUGGCGUGGGUUCAACCGAGGCAGGUUAUGGAUGUGUUGCGUUGUUGGGGGGUGAUCGAGUUGGGAAGUGGCGGCGACGGGCAUGGGCAUUGGCGCUUUUGUGUUUGA